CAAUAGUGUUAGUUGGCAAUAUAGAUUUUCACAGGAUAAUCAAAAGAUUGACAGAAGGCUCCGAUUGGCUCGGACUCGGGUCAGGCGACUCAUAAAUCCACGCCAUUGGUCGGCUGGUCACGUGUUGUAUCAACUACUUACCGGUGACGAAUCUUCCGUGGCGGAGUCGCAACCGCCUCCUGGAGGUAUGGCGCAAAGUAGAGCAAGUUCUCACUCACUUGCGGAUGCUGUAAAAAUGAUUCUAAGGCAUUUUUUGGGUAUGCAAAUAACACGUAAUUCGAAAUCAUCGCUGCGAAGGGGUUGUUUAGUAAUAGAUAUUGAAUUACGUGCUAAUAAAAGGCGUGAUUUAUACGCUGUGCAAAUGACCCACUGUGGAUGCUGGACUAACACCGGAGUCCAAAAUUUAUUCGACGAAUUGUGUCUCCUAGUAAAAAAUGGAAUGCUGCCCGAUAAACCGGUGCUGGCUCAAGCGUUUACAAGAAAUUCCGGCGAUGCGAAAGAAACUCGUUAUAUCAUAGAAGGAGGGCCGAGUUUUGGUCAAAAACAGUUUUUGUUGAACAAUCCCAUAAUCCAUUUUCCGUCAUUUCGAAAUUACGUCUUGAUCAAGUUACAGUACAGAAUCUCGUCCGAUCAUCUAUUAGAAUUCAAGGAAAUACUGGUCUGCGAAUUCAAAACAUUAAGAGAGUCCAAUCCCAACGUAAAAAUCACGUUUUACUAUGAGAAGGACGUUUUCUACACGAACCACGUUCAAUCCGACGACGACUUUCAAGACUCACAAUCGCUGAGCCUUUCAUUAAUAUCAAUCGUGAAACAAAGUAUGAAUAACGAAUUUAAAGAACGUUGCUUAAAUACUGUCGGCGCCGACAAUGCCCACGAAGCGCAGAAGCUUCUAGGGAAAACACUCUUCUCUAUGACACACGAAAACUAUAUGAUUCCGUGAUGUAACGUAAUAUAUUUAAAGACGAAUAACAUUUUUUUUCACACCCCGUUACGCAAGAAUUAUCGUGUAAUAAAGAAUAUCACGCGAUUAUAUCGAUUAAAAACUCUAACAUAUAAUCGUGUACGUGCAA